UGGAAAUUAGUUUAUCCAUUAUGUUUAAUUUUAGGAAAUGGUGCUCUUGCAGAACAUUCUGAAAAUGUGCAUAUUUCAGGAGUGUCAACUGCUUGUGGAGAAACUCCAGAACAGAUUCGAGCACCGAGUGGUAUAAUCACGAGUCCAGGCUGGCCUUCUGAAUAUCCUGCCAAGAUCAACUGUAGCUGGCUCAUCAGGGCAAACCCAGGGGAAAUUAUAACUAUAAGUUUUCAGGAUUUUGACAUUCAGGGGUCCAGAAGAUGCAGUUUGGACUGGUUGACAAUAGAAACAUACAAGAAUAUUGAGAGCUACCGAGCUUGUGGCUCCACAAUCCCACCACCCUACAUUUCUUCACAAGACCACGUCUGGAUCCGGUUCCACUCCGAUGACAGUGUCUCUCGGAAGGGUUUCAGACUGGCAUACUUUUCAGGGAAGUCUGAGGAGCCACACUGUGCUUGCGAUCAGUUCCGCUGCGGAAAUGGGAAGUGUAUCCCGGAAGCCUGGAAAUGCAACAGCAUGGAUGAGUGCGGAGAUGGUUCCGAUGAGGAGAUCUGUGCUACAGAAGCUAACGCUCCCACACCCGCUGCUUUCCAACCCUGUGCUUACAACCAGUUCCAGUGUCUGUCUCGGUUUACCAAAGUUUACACUUGCCUCCCCGAGUCUUUGAAAUGUGACGGGAACAUUGACUGCCUUGACCUCGGAGACGAAAUAGACUGUGAUGUGCCAACUUGUGGGCAGUGGCUGAAAUACUUUUAUGGUACUUUUAAUUCUCCCAAUUACCCAGACUUUUAUCCUCCUGGAAGCAACUGCACCUGGUUAAUAGACACUGGCGAUCAUCGCAAAGUCAUUCUACGCUUCACAGACUUUAAACUUGAUGGUACUGGCUAUGGUGAUUAUGUCAAAAUAUACGAUGGAUUAGAGGAGAACCCGCACAAGCUCUUGCGUGUGCUGACUGCCUUUGAUUCUCAUGCGCCUCUUACAGUGGUUUCUUCCUCCGGACAGAUACGGGUACAUUUCUGUGCGGAUAAAGUGAAUGCUGCGAGGGGCUUUAACGCCACUUACCAAGUAGACGGCUUCUGUUUGCCCUGGGAGAUACCCUGCGGGGGUAACUGGGGGUGCUACACUGAGCAGCAGCGCUGUGAUGGGUAUUGGCAUUGCCCCAAUGGCAGGGAUGAAGUCAACUGUACCAUGUGCCAGAAGGAGGAGUUCCCGUGUUCCCGAAACGGUGUCUGUUACCCUCGUUCUGAUCGCUGCAACUACCAGAAUCACUGCCCGAAUGGCUCGGACGAAAAAAACUGCUUCUUUUGCCAGCCUGGGAAUUUUCACUGUAAAAACAAUCGCUGUGUGUUUGAGAGCUGGGUGUGUGAUUCUCAGGAUGACUGCGGCGACGGCAGCGAUGAGGAGAACUGCCCGGUGAUUGUGCCCACCCGGGUCAUAACCGCGGCCGUCAUCGGCAGCCUCAUCUGCGGCCUGCUGCUCGUCAUUGCGUUGGGAUGUACCUGUAAGCUUUACUCCCUGAGAAUGUUUGAGCGAAGGUCAGUAUCAAGACAGAACUAUAGUGGUAAUGUCCUCUACGAUACGGCCCAAAUAUUUUUAACAAGCACCUUAUUGUGGUUAGCGUCUGUUCUGGAAAACCUGAGGCUAGCUGUACGAUCCCAGCUUGGAUUUACUUCCAUCAGGCUUCCUAUGGCAGGCAGAUCCAGCAACAUUUGGAAUCGCAUUUUCAACUUUGCAAGAUCGCGUCAUUCAGGGUCAUUGGCUUUGGUCUCAGCAGAUGGUGACGAGGUUGUCCCUAGUCAGGGUACCAGCAGAGAACCUGAAAGGAAUCACACUCACAGAAGUUUGUUUUCCGUGGAGUCAGACGACACAGACACAGAGAGUGAGAGGAGAGAUGCAGCCGGAGCCUCUGGUGGGGUUGCAGCUCCUCUGCCCCAGAAAGUCCCUCCCACCACAGCUGUAGAAGCAACAGUGGGAGCCGGUGGAAGUUCCUCCACUCAGAGUGCCCGGGGCGGCCACUCCGAUAAUGGAAGGGACGUGACCAGUGUGGAGCCCUCAAGUGUGAGUCCAGCUCGUCACCAGCUCACAAGUGCACUAAGUCGGAUGACUCAGGGGCUACGUUGGGUACGUUUUACGUUAGGUCGGUCAAGCUCCGUCAAUCAGAACCAGAGUCCUUUGAGACAACUUGAUAACGGGGUCAGUGGAAGAGAAGAAGAUGAUGAUGUGGAAAUGCUAAUUCCAGUUUCUGAUGGAGCUUCAGACUCGGAUGUGAACGACUGCUCUAGACCUCUUCUUGAUCUUGCCUCAGACCAAGGCCAAGGCUUCAGGCAACCAUAUACUGCAGCAAACCCUGGCGCGAGGCCAGGCAGUCGAGACGGCCCCUGUGAGCGCUGUGGCAUUGUGCACACGGCCCAGAUACCGGACACGUGCUUAGAGGCAACACUGAAAAACGAAACGAGUGAUGAUGAGGCUUUGUUACUUUGUUAGGUACGAAUCACAUCAAGGAAAUUAUAUACAAGUUGGAGCAAUAUCCAGUCAUUGUUUUGUAACUUUACAGUUGAACUAGUAUUAAUUUAAAGAGAAAAAAGAUGCAGGGUGAUUUCUUAUUAUUGUAUGUUUGCCUGCAUGGUUAAAUUAAACAAUUUGUAACUUUAGAGUUUGCUAUUUUAGCAGCUAAACAUGCAUUAUGUAUUCAUAUUGUUCGAUGAUGUUCUUCCAUUUGUUUCUCAUUGUUUUUAUCCUGGUACUGUAGUUCAUGUUAGAAAUACGGCUGCUGAAACUCAUUUGAUGUCAGUUUAUUCUAUGUUAAAACUAUUAUUUGUACAAAAUAUCUUAUUUUAAUUGAACCCUUUCUGCUUUUGCCAAUACAUCUUGUAACUUAAUAUACUAGAAGUCAAGGUUGUUAAUGCACUCUCAAUGCAGGGUGGGGACCCUUAUACUCACAUGUGUUUUUAUUUAUAUAUCGUUUGUCCAAAUAUUAUUGGAUUUCAUCAUAAUAAGAACGUGUUAAAGGGAAAAAAAUCUUUGUCUAAAAUAUUUUCUCUUAUGUUGAACAUGCAGUGAUGUUAAAUUUAGAUAAAGUUAGGUAAACUAAUGGCAAAAAUGAAACUCUUUUAUAGGUUUUCUAAUCUUGACUUUAAUACUCUAAUAUGGUAUUAAACCAAAUGGUAAAAUUACAAGUCAUUUCUUUUUCAUCUCUAUUUAGGGACAGGAUUGAGCGGAUGAAGAUAUUCUACUAUGCAUUAAAUCUUGAACUUUAUAAAAUAUAUACAAAAAUUGUACAAGAUAAGUUCCAACUGGUAAUGUCUUUCCCUGGUAUAGGGUUAUGCUUGUAUUGGACCCUAGGGAUUUGCACUAAAAUCAUAUAAAGGUCUCAGAUGAGUUUAGUGCAUAAGCACUAUCACUUUAAAUACUAUUAUUUGCUACCACAAUAACUAUAUAUUUCCAUAGCUUUGGGGGGGUGAAGGGGGCAUUUUUAUUACAAAUUGAAAUUUCUUUGCUGGUUUUAUAUUUAUUUGUUGUAUUUAAAGACUGCAUUAUUAUAAGAAAGUGACUUUUUCAAUAUAUUUUAUUCUUGAAGGGGAUCAUGCUACAUGUUGAAAAACAAAUCAAAUCAUUUAGAUCAGCCCCUAUUUUAAGUAGAGUGAUUUGCAAACCCCACAUAUUAUUUUUAUUGUCAAUUCCUGUUUAUUUAUUCUUUAGCUGUCUGUUUUCGUAGCUUAAUGAUUAUGAAAUAUGUAUUUGUGUGUGAUUAUUGCUAUUUAUUAAGUUUUAAAUACUUUGCUGAAUGUCAUUUUAAAGCAUGUUUGAGGUCUUGUGUAUUUGUCGUGUUAUGCUGUCGGGAGAAACUGACUGAAAUGUUUUAAUAUGUAUCAAAAUUAAAAAGACUUUUUUUGUAUUG